UUGGGUUAUUUUUUUACCGCGCAUCUAUACUAAUUUAUACUGCGCAUUAAAUGAUACACACGAUAUAUUUCUAUAUUCAUGAGUAUAACUGUAAUGUUAUUACGUGGGAUUAACUUUUCUGUCCGUUUUCGGCGAGAAACGUUAUGCAGACGAAGCCUGGAAUUAGAAACACACUUUGCAUCAUUUAAGUCAUAUAAAGACGCUAUUUUCACAUUUAUUAAUUCACUUAUUUCCAGGGAUACGAUUGGCUCAGACGAUGCAACGCGCUCUACAUUUCAAAGAUCAAAUCUUGCAAAGAUGCGGGCUAUCAUGCCGUGCUGCAGGACAUUACCACUGCCCCUACUGUUCACGUACACUUAUUCGGAGACUGGACAUGGAAAGGCAUCUGGCGUCUUGUCACGAUCAAAAGACAUUAGCGUCCACAGAGCCAGACCUCCAUCAUGCCGUACCUUCGAUGCAACCUGGACCAUCACAAGACCCCUCAUGUUCACAACCUCUGGUGCAGGAAGCAGCAGAAAUGUGUGGAAAGUCGUUCAAGUGUCUCCUUUGUGGUUUAAAUCUCCUUAGGAAGAAUUACCAUAGACACAUGUUGAGAAAACAUGCAGAUUUGUCACAGGACUUUACCCAGGACUGGCACCUGAAAAGGGUCCCAGCUGAUGAGACAAGUGAUAUUUUUGCUGCAGUGAAAACUGAAGAAGGGAUUUCAGUCCCAGUCUUUGUCCAGAGAGAUGGACCUGGCUGCAGACCGUGGGGAAAGUGGAGCGCCACUGUCCAAAAGAAAGUUCAUCAUCUCAACUUCAAAGGUGUGUCAAAUCAAAGAUCAAAUCUUGCAAAGAUGUGUACAAUCAUGCCGCGCUGCAGGGCAUUACCACUGCCCCUACUGUUCGCGUACACUUAUUCGAAGACUGGACAUGAAAAGGCAUCUGGCGUCAUGUCACCAUGAACUGACAUCAGUGUCCACAGAGCCAGACCUCCAUCCUGCCAUAUCGAUGCAACCUGGACCAUCACAAGACCUCUCAUGUUCACAACCUCUGGUGCAGGAAGCGGCAGAAAUGUGUGGAAAGUCGUUCAAGUGUCUCCUUUGUGGUUUCAAUCUCCUUAGGAAGAAUUACCGCAGACACAUGUUGAGAAAACAUGCAGAUUUGUCACAGGACUUUACUCAGUCCUGGCACCUGCAAGGAUUCACUGCUGAUGAGACAAAUGAUAUUUUUGCUGCACAAAAAACUGGAAACGGGAUAUCUGUACCAGUCCGUAUCCAGAGAGAUGGACCUGGCUGCAGACCGUGGGGAAAGUGGAGCCCCACUUUCAAAAAGAAAAUUCCUUACCUCAACUUCAAAGGUCAAAUCUUGCAAAGAUGUGUACAAUCAUGCCGCGCUGCAGGGCAUUACCACUGCCCCUACUGUUCACGUACACUUAUUCGAAGACUGGACAUGAAAAGGCAUCUGGCGUUAUGUCACCAUCAACUGACAUCAGUGUCCACAGAGCCAGACCUCCAUCAUGCCACAACUUUGAAAGAGCCAGACUUCCAUCCUGCCGUACCUUCGAUGCAACAAGAGCUCUCAUGUUCACAACCUCUGGUGCAGGAAGCGGCAGAAAUGUGUGGAAAGUCGUUCAAGUGUCUCCUUUGUGGUUUCAAUCUUCUUAGGAAGAAUUACCGCAGACACAUGUUGAGAAAACAUGCUGAUUUGUCAAAGGACAUUACCCAGGCCUGGCACCUGCAAGGGUUCACUGCUGAUGAGACAAAUGAUAUUUUUGCUGCACAAAAAACUGGAAACCGGAUUUCUGUACCAGUCCGUAUCCAGAAAGAUGGACCUGGCUGCAGACCGUGGGGAAAGUGGAGCCCCACUUUCAAAAAGAAAGUUAGUCAUCUCAACUUCAAAGAUCAAAUCUUGCAAAGAUGUGUACAACCAUGCCGCCCUGCAGGGCAUUACCACUGCCCCUACUGUUCACGUACAGUCAUUCGAAGACUCGACAUGGAAAGGCAUCUGCCGUUAUGUCACCAUCAACUGACAUUAGCGUCCACAGAGCCAGACCCCCAUCCUGCCGUACCUUCGAUGCAACCUGGACCGUCACAAGCACAACCACUGGUGCAGGAUGCAGCAGAAAUGUGUGGAAAGUCGUUCAAGUGUCUCCUUUGUGGUUUCAAUCUCCUUAAGAAGAAUUACCACAGACACAUGUUGAGAAAACAUGCAGAUUUAUCACUGGACAUUACCCAGGCCUGUUACCUGCGAGGGUUCACUGCUGAUAAUUUUGCUGCAGUGAAAACUGAAGAAGAGAUUUCAGUACCAGUCCAGAGUGAGGAAGCUGGCUGGCAGUGGAGCGCCACUGUCUAAAAGAAAGUACAUCACUCUAACUCUUAGAUUUUGCCAAAUUUGGUUUAAACCAAUAAAAUAUAUUGAGACAACUGGGGAAAAUAAUAAUUGAUAUUAAAUAAAAGAAAAAACCGGGGCUGAACUGUGGAGAUGAUAGUGGACUUGAAGAGACAUCCCUAUGCCUUAUUGUUUUUUCACCGUUACCCACUUUUUUCCUCAUGACAUAUAAAAACAUUUCAUUAACUCGAGAAACAACUACUGCCUCAAUUAAGUCCUUAUGUGUGUCUACCUACUUGGCGAAUAAAGUAGAUUCUGAUUUGUGA